CCAUUAUUGAAGUGGGUGCUUCUGUUUGUAACAGUGUGUUGGUGUUGCUCUGCUUUCGUUGAGUUUCUUCUCUAAAUCGAUAAGUCAUUAUAAUCCCACGAGUAAAAGGAAAGAUGCUCAGUUAUCCAGAGGAACAAAUGCAGCUUGCCAUUGAUGCAGUACUUAAUGGAAUGCCUGUUUUUACAGCAGUAAAAAGUUUCUCGGUUUCGAAUUACUUUAAUGUACAAAGCCAGAGGGAAGACGCCUAGAAAUCGUCACAUGGAUCCUGAUACAGUUCUUACCAAAGAAGAGGAGGAUUUAUUAGUACACUGGAUUUGUACUAUGGCUAAGGCCGGAUUCCCCAUAACAAAACUCGGACUUCUGGACAGUGUGCAGCACCUGAUUGAACAACUGAAACGUAAAAAUCCCUUUGUUUGCAGCCACCCAGGGAAAACUUGGUACAACGAUUUUAUGAAGCGCCAUCCCAAUUUGGGAUUAAAAUGUCACAAAAUCUGACAUCAAGCAGGGCAGGAGUAAAGCCAGAAGCUAUAAGAAACUGGUUUGAUGAGAUAGAUAAAUAUUUAACAGAGAACAAUUUUAGGUCAAUUCUUCAAAGUCCCGAAAGAGUUUUUAAUUUAGAUGAAACUGCUUUCUUUCUGAACCCCAAAGGAAACAAAGUGUUGGCCCUGAAAGGAGAAAAGUACGUGUACCAGCAAGUGAAUAGUGACGAGAAAGAAUGUCUAACAGUUUUGUUGACUGCAAAUGCAAAUGGCGAUUUAGCACCUCCAACGACGGUGUUUAAAUACAUUAGAAUACCACAGGAACUAGCAGAAAGUGUACCAAAACAUUGGGGAAUAGGUAAAUCUGAAAAAGGUUGGAUGACUGGUCCAUUAUUCUUUGAAUUUAUAACGAAUGUUUUCCAUCCUUACCUUCUAGAAAAGAAAAUACCACACUGACAGUCAUUGUGUUUAUUGAUGGCCAUGCAUCACAUCUCACCUUACACACAAGUAAGUUUUGUAAUGAGCCUGGGAUAAUACUCGUAGCUUUGCUUCCAAAUUCUACACAUCUUCUUCAACCUAUGGAUGUUGCCGUCUUUCAUUUGUUAAAGGAAAGUUGAAAAAAACAAGGUACAUCAGUGGGGAAUGGAACAUUUGGAUCAACCAGUGCUUAAGAAGAUCCAUUUUGCACCCUUACUGGAACAAACUUUGGAUGAGUUCAUUAAACCGUUUGAGAAUGGAUUCAGGAGAACUUGUUCCAUGGAAUCCAGAGGCUGUAGACUACUCAAAAAUUCCAUCAGUCAGUGAUGAAGUUAUACUUACUACUAACAGAACUGCCACUUCUGAAACAUUAAACUUAAGAGUUGGAUUUGAGGUUCUAGAAACAUACACUGGGAAAGAUAAACUUUCAUGUUUUGAGUCUUUAAGUGAUGUUUGGGAAGGAAAUAUAAAUGACCAGUCUUUGUUUUUGCUUUGGAAGGAAAUUAAAAAUGAUUGUCAUAAUUCUAUCCUUUCCCAGUCUGUUGACGACACAAACAACUGUGUGGCAAACCAAAAUGAAAAAUUGGAGGAAGGAAAUGUCCAUCCAGAUGAAAAACAAAAUAAUGAAGUAAUCAAAAAUAAAAAACAGGAAGAAAUGAAAAUCUUGGCAGGCAACAACCAAAAUAAAGAAAGAGAGGAGAUUAAUGUAACAGACCAGUGUGUCACACCAAAGAAUUCAAUGAAAAAUUCUGAUUUUCCUCAGUGUGCUUCUAGUGGAAACAUUAAUAGGAAAUCAGGAGACCAACCAAUCCCCUCCCCAUUCAAACGUGCAUUAUUUUGGCCACAGAACACAGGAAAACAAGGGAAAAGAAGAUUAAGAGAAAAACUUCCAAGUGUUGUGACUUCCAACCACUGGGAGGAAUAUCAUCAUAAGAAGGAACAACUGGAGCUACAAAGAGAAAGACCAAAAGCUGAGAGAGCAGAAGCAUGAAAACUGAAGAAAGAACAGUCUGAGAUUGCUAAGAAACUCAAGAAGCAAACUAAAGCAGAGAAUCGUAGAAAUCCAAAAGUGCACAAGAAAAGAACAAUUUCAGUGUCCUCAGAUUCUGAAGAUGAAGAAUGGAGUGAGUCAGGCAGCAGUAUGGAUGAGAUUAGUAUGCUCCCUGAUAGUGAUUUGCAGACAUCUGAUGGCAAGGAAGACGACAAUUCUGAUCAAACAAUUAUAAUAGAAAAAUAAACAGCAAACAAAGAAGAAAAUAUGAAUAAAUUUUAUAAAAAUGGCGAA